CCAAAGUGUAUUAAAAUGGAUUUCCCCUUACUAGGCCUGAUACUGUGGAUCACUUCUGUGGCUUGUCAAGCCUCCGAGGAGAUCUACCAGCUGCUGGCCAAGAGCCAUGCCAACCAGAACCUCAUCGUCUCGCCCGUCUCCAUAGAGGCCAUCCUGAGUAUGGUCUACAUGGGCGCCGGAGGUUCGACGGCACGGGAACUGCAGAGUGCCCUGAGGCUGUCAUCCGGGGACAAGCAGGAGGUGGCCACCAAAUAUGGGGCACUCCUCAGCCAGUUGCAGGGGCAGGAGCAGGGCGGUGCCACACUGAAGCUGGCGAACCGCAUCUACGUGAACGAUCAGUACAGCCUCCAUGAGGAGUUCAAUCUGGCUGUGAGAGAACCCUUCAAGGCCGAGGCGGAGUCUAUAAGCUUGGCCAAUGGGCCCGCGGCGGCCGCGAGGAUUAACCAAUGGGUGCUCGACCAGACCAGUGGCAAGAUCAAGAACAUGAUCGACCCCGUCAGCAUGACGUCCGACGUCAAGGCUUUGCUGGUGAACGCCAUCUACUUCAAGGGCCAGUGGGAGUCCAAGUUUGAUCCAGAGAGAACCAGGUCCUCAUCCUUCCAAGUAACUGCCGACAGGAAUGUGACCGUACCGAUGAUGAUGCAGAUGGGAACCUUCAAGGCGAACUACUUCCGAGACCUGGAUGCGCAAGUACUGGAGCUGCCGUACCGGAACUCCAACCUGUCCAUGACCAUCUUCCUCCCCCGCGAUGUUGGUGGCUUGAGUUCGCUGGAGGAGAAAAUCGUUGGCUUCGCCAGGCCAUUGGAGGCCAAGGAGGUGUAUGUGAAGCUUCCCAGGUUCAAGAUCGAGUUUCGUGACGAACUCAGGGAGACCCUAGAGAAGUUGGGCAUCCGAGAGCUUUUCACUGACAACUCGGACCUAAGUGGCUUGUUUGGCGAUAAGUCAGGCGGAAAAGUCAGCCAAGUCUCGCACAAGGCGUUCCUGGAGGUGAACGAGGAGGGAGCAGAGGCCGCGGCAGCCACAUCUGUAUCCGUCACGAAUCGAGCGGGCUUUUCCGUGUUCUUUGUAGCCGAUCAUCCCUUUGCCUUCGUUAUUCGCGAUGCGAACACCAUCUUCUUCCAGGGCCGUGUUGUAAACCCCCAAAUAAAUAUAAAAUGCGCUUUUGGGGCACAGAAAAAAUUAGUUCUCAGUGGAAAGCAGAAGCCCUCGGAACACCCACGGAAAUUUCUGAUCGUCCCACUCAUUAAAAUCCAUCGGUGGAACUUAACUUCACCCAAGGCCACGUGGUCAUUUUUGCUGCUCCAGGGCUUGAUUUUAGCCAUGGCCAACACUGUAAACUACUCCAAAAGCGCUGCCGGGGAGGCCCAGUUUGCCUCGAAGCUUUAUGGCCAGUUGGCCAAGUCUGAGCCUGGUCGGAAUAUCGUAUUCUCGCCCUCCUCCAUCCGACUUGGCUUGGCUCUGGCCUUUCUAGGUGCCGAUGGCAGCACCGCCGAGGAGCUGAAGCAGGGAUUGGGCCUGGAGGGAACUGGCAAAAACGAGGUGGCCCAGCUCUUGGCCAAGGGACAGAGGCUAGUGGGGAAUGGGGAUGAGAACGAGGACGGGGCCAAAUUGAAGUAUGCCAAUCGGAUUUAUGUGGCCCAGCAGUUCCAGCUGGCCCAGGCGUAUCAGGACUUGGUCAGCAAAAACUUUGCAGCAUCGGCCGAGAAUGUGAACUUUGCCCAAAGUGCGGAUACUGCCAAGCGCAUUAACACUUGGGUGGAGGAGCAGACCCAUCAGCAAAUCAAGAACCUCAUCGCUCCGGACUCACUCGACGCCGAUACGGCUGCCAUCCUGGUCAAUGCCAUCUACUUCAAGGCCGACUGGCUGAGCAGUUUCCCCGACUAUGCCACUUACGCCCGCGACUUUGUCAACCACGGAGGUCAAAAGGUUAGCGUGGACACCAUGUCCCAAGAGGAUUACUUUAGGUUCGCCGAGCUGCCCGAAUUGAAGGCUAAGGCCUUGGAAUUGCCGUACACCGGCACAGAUAUCGUGUUCCUGAUCAUUCUGCCCCAGGAGGAGCAGAGGCUGGGACUUGUCGAGGAGAAACUGAACGGUCUGGACCUUAAUGAUAUAAGCUCGCAGUUGAGCCGGCAGAAAGUAAAGCUGCAGCUGCCCAAAUUCAAGUUCGAGUUCGAUGUCCCCCUGCAGCCGGUCCUGGAGGAGUUGGGUAUAAAGAAAAUAUUUAGUCCCGAGGCGAACCUCAGCAGCCUGCUCAGACAACCGGAUCCCAUUCGCAUCUCGGAGGUGAAGCACAAGGCCAUCAUCGAGGUCAACGAGAAGGGGACAACAGCCAGCGGAGCCACCUUUGUCAAGGCCGAGAUAGAAUCCCUUAUCGUGGGAGAAGAAAUUUUCGAGUUUACUGCGGACCAUCCAUUUUUCUUCGCUAUCAAGGACGCACAUAGCACCUUCUUUUUGGGCCACGUGAGCCAGCUCUGAAUUGGAGUUUCCCCCAUUAAUACCUCAAAACGCAAUAUGUAUCUCGCAUUCAAUAAAUGCCAAUCUUCGAUGUCAAAUAAACGGACACAAGUACCGACAGGUA